CGUCGCUGAUCUUUGUUUUUCUGGUACUUUAUGGGUUCUUCUUUGUCUAGAACUCGAGGUGAUUCUGGGGUGGGAACUUCUGGUCAAAGAAUCCCCGAUUCCAACUGUGAUUGGGGAUCCAAGUGCAACUGUCCCAAUAACGAGCAUUCCUACUCCGCCGAAUAUAAAAACAAUCUGUAUUUGGCCCAAAAAGAAAAUACGAGUACUCGAAACUAUUUGGAAGAAUGGUUUCGGAAGAGGGAAGUGGAGCCAGGAGAGGAGGUUGAGUCAAAAUAUGACGAUCGGAAACCCACUCCCUCAGAUCUGCGUUUUUUCGGUGAAGGAGAUUCCGAUGAGGAACCAAGUGGGUCUGAUUCAUUUGAUCUGGUGUAUGUUGGAGAGUGUGAAAAUGAGAAUGGUGAUGCUGUUGGGUCUCCAGGACAACUUUCAUCUGGUUAUCCCUCCUCAAAGAAAGGAGAAAAGGGAAAAAAAUCGGCUUCAGCAUCUGAUGAUGCUUAGAUAAGUCUGUCUCCUUUCUCCCUUUUUUCAUUUUAUUGAAUGCUGGCUAGCUGUGGAGUCAUAAGGUGGAUGCCAACA